UAAAAUCGUAUUCGUGUUUGUAAAUAAGUAGCAAUCCCGCGGCGGAAGCAACGCCACGAGGCCGGUGUUUACGCCGACCCAUUCUCCUCUCUCUAUACAAAAACAACAGACAACCAAAACCAAAUCAAACAAAACAACGAUGGAUUAUUACAGAGUACUGGGUCUGAACAAGAGCGCCACAAAAUCAGAAAUCAAAGACGCAUUCAGAAAACUCGCCGUCAAGUUCCACCCGGACAAGCACACCGCCUCCUCUAAAUCCGUCAAAGACAGCGCCACUCUUAAAUUCAAACAAGUCUCCGAAGCUUAUGAUGUUCUAAGUGAUGAUCGCAAACGCGCCGACUAUAAUUCACGAUCAUCAUAUACUUCUCACACCUCCUCUGCAUCUUCUUCUUCUUCUUACAGUCGUAAUUAUAAUUAUGGACACGGGUAUGGAUCCGGGUCCGGGUAUUCAAGUCAUAACACCACCGGGUAUGGGUAUUCAUAUAGAAGGGCUUCUAGUGGGCUUGGUUUUAAAUUCGAGAAGUUCGCUCGUUAUCUGACUACCCGGGACUUUCUUCUCCAUGCUACGUUUAUUGGUAUAAUACUUAGCGGAACUUUCAUCAUCGACAAAGGCAGAGGGCUUAUAUGGAAUCUACAAAAUUCCGGGAAAUCUUUUGAAGCUGCCAUGGACAAUAUACAGAAAGCUAAAGCAGACAAGGAAAAGGAAUAAAUUUGAAUGUUAUCUGUUCUUCCUCUACACUUACCUUCCGAUAUAUAUACAUAAGUUGUUUUUAUUCCCUACUCAUGAAAGUUCCAUUUUAGUACAUGGAUGGGUUGUAGAGUUUUCUCAUUGAGGUGUUGAAAUCUUUUAGAUAGUUAUAAAAUCGGAAACCCCAAUAUAUACGUGUUUUUUUCCCAGAAGAUGAGUUGAAAUGUAUAUAAUAGUUUGUGAAGCA